UGUCGCAUUUUGUCGUAGGCCAGGUGCCUGGUCAUCAAACUUCAUAUUUGUAUUCUACAUCUUCUUGUCACAGUUUUUCAGAUAUGGUUUCUGAAUGCUUUGGUAUUUUUUCGAACAACAACGGCGCAGCAUCUGAAACCGCAGAUGUAGAGAAACAUGGCGGCCAGGACAUUCAACAAGGGCCGUUGGGUUUCGCGGCUCUUUCGUCGUUGAUGGCCUCGGACGGAGACCAAGAGCUCCUCAUCUUUCGAAGAUUCGACGAUAUCAGCGCUCGAAAUCUUCUUUACCUACAGUGUGAGCUGUUAUCAAUAGAAGAUCGACUGAAGAAAUGGGACCGGAAUGUUCUGAGGAGUCGGAACACCAAACUUGAAGAAGUUGCGUACAGAUGGGAGGAGAUGGUAAAGCAAGCUAAGGAGGGAAAAGAUGAAGCAAAGGAAAUGAUGGAACUAGUUUACCAGCUAAGGUCAAAGAUCAAGGAAUAUCACGAGGCACUGGAACUUCAAAGUAGAGUGGCCAGACUUCAUCCUCCGGACAAAAGAGCUCUGAAAGUGGCCCGAAAUGAGCUUUGGGGAGGGCCUCUGGAAACCGACGGCCUCAAACCAUCGCCAAUAGUGGGCGGAAAGGCAAAGGAUUAUUUGGACAGAGAAAGUGACCUUGUUUCCGUGAAGGCACCUGUGGAGACGGAUUUGUUAUCGAAAACGCUGAGAGCUGUCUGGCCAGGCAAGGUGAGUAAACCCCAUUUGAUUCUGGCUGAUAUGAGAUCCUUGACUGAUCAUUGUACCUUAACCUACUAGGAGGAGACCUCGAGGGACGGUAUAAGUCGUAUCAGCCGGUUCGACGAGCGGUCAGUCGCGAUUACGGUGGCUACUAUCAACAUUAUUUUCGCCAUCAUCUUGCUGGUAGGACCGAUCACGAGUCUGUCGUACGUUAGCUCUCGAGCAGCGGUGUUGGGCAUGAUAUGCACUUUCACGGCUCUUUUCGCAAUCAGCUUGGGACUCAUGACAAAGGCGAAAAGGGCGGAGAUCUUUGCUGGGAGUGCAGCGUGAGACCUCUCGUCCAAACAGCCAAAUAGAAGGAAUCGAGGUUAGCUGACUUAUGAAUCACAGAUAUACUGCUGUUUUGAUGGUUUAUGUGAGCAAUGGGGACUUUUCAAGUGGCAAAUGAUGGCGGGUAUCAUUGAAGCAUCAUAUUUAUAUCCUUGAGUAUUCUUGUGGCAUUCUGUCACUCCACAAAGCCCUUGGAAUUAGCAAGCGACAAUAGUCAAGAUAUAUCACGGCUACAUCGUUCCUGUACAAAUUUUAAAAGAGGCAGUGAAACCCCAAAAAGCGUCUCUGGAGCAUACCAGACGUCGGUCGACAAGAAGUCAGCGGUGUGGGUAAUAACUAGCCGUCAGGACGCCAUCGCCAUCUUCUGCCCGCCGCGUCUGCCCUUUACAUCCAGUGUGAGAAACACAUGGGAUUAGCGAUUUAGCGCCGAGGUUAGCAUAUGUCAGGAGUUCGUUCAGCCGAGUGACGGCGUUUUUGAUCCCAUUCAGGGCUUCACUGAACCGACCUAAUCUUGUCACCCAAGCACAAACGCCGAGAAACAGCGAAAUCAUCUAUUGAUUUAACUACAGACAUUAUGCUAUAUGCAACACUCUACUAUACCGAGAAGCCAUUUACCAGUUCCGCGUUAUUAUCUUCCCAGAUAGUUACUUUGCUGGGGACUAUAGUUGACUGACGUGAGCUAAUCUAAGAUAUUAUUGUGCUCCUGUGUCUGCUGAUGAUGAAUAAUUGUGUUAGCUUUCCUA